CUGAGAGCAAUUGCAAUGACAAGAACCUAAGCAGCGUUUCUCAAUCUUCUGGGGUAUAUAAAACGUGUGGACCGCCUCCAUAAGCAGUUCAAACUUUUAACGAGCACCGAGCGGCACGCGACCGAUAAGAACCAAGCCAAGAAGUCAAGAUGCAAGCCUGUAAACUGUUUAUCUCAUUGCUGCUGGCAAUGCACUGCACUCAAGUGUUGCUGGCUGCCUGUGUGUGCUCGGAGAAGGGUACCGACUAUUGCCAAAGCUGCCAGGGACCGACAGUUGUGCGUCCCAAGCCCCGCUACUAUGAGCCCAGUGAUGUAAAUCUCUCGCCGAUCGGUGACAAUUGCUGGUGCAGCAAGCAGCUGAUUGAGCCCGCCCAACUGCCAAAGACCUGCGGAAAAACGACACCAUGCAAGCCCACCUGCUCAUGCCAACAAAGCACCGAUAGCUACAGCAGCAGCUCCAGCUCCAGUUCCAGCUAUGGCAACAUUGCCUAUUCGGCGGAGAAGACGGAAGAUAACAGUCCGGCCGCAGAUCCCAUUAGUGUGAGUUUGGCAGCCCAGGCUGGUAAGGCCAUCAAUGUGCCCGAGGCUAAGCUGGCCUUUGGAUUCGCCCAGAAGCCUGUGGAUGGUGUGCAAAAGGUUCACUUCUCCAAUGUGCCCGAGGAGAAUCUGUUCAAGCUGAAGAGCGAGGUCAUCACCCUGAAGAAGCCCAACUAUGUGGCCAAGCAGGAAGAGGAGGAGGAGUACAUCGAGGAGGAGGAGCAACAGCAGUCCUCCGACGAUGACCCAACACCACAGUUGACCUACAAGCAGCUGGGCUACAUCACCGAGCAGUACAAGAAUCCCAAAUUCAAGAAAAUAACCAGCUCCCGCUCGAGCUAUGCCUCCAGCAGCUACGCCUCCAAGAGCUCCAACGAUGGCUACGGCAAGGUGGCCGGCAAGGUUUCCGUUGACUGUGGCUUCAAGCCGGGCCGCAUUACCUCCUACCGCAAUGCGAAUCGCCAGGAGCCUGAUGCUGGCAGCUGCUAUUAGGCAUUGUCUGCCUCCUCUCACACUUCCGAUUGUAAAUAAUUAUUUAUUUAUGUUAAGCAAUGAAUGGAUGUUGCUUGGCUGUCCUAGAGCUUAAAUACAUUUGUGUACUAGAAUGUACUUUCCACUA